AUGAUUGAAAUGGAAGACCACACCAACGACCUGAGCGAAGCCCGUAUCCCCUUCCUCGACUAUAAGACCUACACCGACCGUAACUUCUUCCUGCCCUCCAAGGACGGCGCCGCCAACAACGCCAUGAUCACCGGGAAAAUACAAAUCCCCGAAGCUCGCAAGGCCAUCGUGGCUCAGGCGCUCAACCAGUUCUCCAACCUGCUGAACAGUAAAACCUUCCUCAUCAACUUCAUCCACACGUUGGAGAGUCGUCCGGACUUCAACGCCCGUGCUCGUGGUUAUUUCGCCUCCUUGCUGACGGUGGCGCUGCACGGCAAGCUGGAGUAUUACACCGACAUCACGAGGACGCUGCUGCUCGAGCUGAUGGACGAACACGUGCAGAACAAAAACCCCAAACUCAUGCUGAGGAGGUCGGAGACGGUGGUGGAAAGGAUGCUCUGUAAUUGGAUGUCCAUCUGUCUCUAUCAGUUCCUCAGGGACACAGCAGGAGAACCUUUAUACAAACUGUUCAAAGCUUUGAAGCAUCAGGUGGAGAAAGGACCGGUGGACGCUAAGAUGAAGAAAGCCAAAUACACUCUGAACGAUACGGGACUGCUGGGAGACGACGUGGAAUACUCCGUCCUGACUCUGCAGGUCUUGGUUCACGGAGAAGGACCCGACGUGACUCCAGUCAAGGUGUUGAACUGUGACACCAUCUCUCAGGUAAAAGAGAAGAUCAUCGAUCAGGUCUACAGGAAUCUGCCGUACUCACAGAGGCCAAAGGUGGAGAGUGUUGCUCUGGAGUGGCGUCCGGGCUCCACCGGCCAGAUCCUGUCAGACCUAGACCUGACCUCCCAGAAAGAAGGACGCUGGAAGAGACUCAACACUUUAGCUCAUUACAAUGUUCGGGAUAACGCCACGUUGGUUCUGUCCAGAGUUUUACACACACAGUCGUUCCACCAGCACCAAGACAGCUACGAAGAGAAAAACGCUCUGCUGGAGGACGACAACACGUUCCACCUGGUGAGACCCGCGGACGAGAUCGACGAGGGGAAGUCCAAGAGAGGAAGCAUGAAGGACAAAGCCAUGACCAAAGCCAUCACAGAGAUCUACCUGACCAGGCUGCUGUCAGUCAAGGGAACUUUGCAGCAGUUUGUGGACGAUUUCUUCCGCAGCGUCUUGUGCUCGAGCGCCGCCGUCCCUCCGGCCGUCAAAUACUUCUUUGACUUCCUGGACGAACAGGCGCUGAGACACGACAACGUAGACGAGGAGACGCUCCACAUCUGGAAGACUAACAG